AGACGAUCAAACCCGCUCCACGCGCACCCCGCCGAUCCAGACCGCCGCCACGAAGCCGCUAUGGCCGCAAGGUGGGGUAGCGCUGCCUGUCGGGCGCUGCUGUGUCGGAUAAACAAAACGCAUUGUGCCCCGCGCGCGUCGGCUGAUCUGGAUGCUGCACAGCGCGGAGGUGCUUCCCAAACUAUAUAUAUCUGCGGGCUCAUCACCGCGGUGUUGAACGGCCCCUUGUACUGAUUUUGCUACUGUGCUGGGCUGAUAAUGACUGAUUUUGCUGAUUUGAAGAACGAGGCGGCGGGAAUCGAGCACCGGGACGUGACGCUCGAGGAUGUGCUUCCUAAGGAUGCUCCCCCAUGGUAUCGCGAUAGUCGAUUACUGCUUCUGAAUUUCCUUCUCCUUGUCCCCAUGUUCUCGUCCACUGGAAUUGGAUACGACGGCUCCAUGAUCAACGGCCUGCAGGCGCAGUCGCAGUGGCAAGACUUCUUCAACCACCCGACCGGCUACACCCUCGGCCACAUCUCCUGCGGUCCCACGUACGGCAUGUUUGUCGGCGUCGUUCCCGCAGGCUACAUUGCCGACAAAUGGGGCCGCAAGGCCGGCAUCACUACGGGCGCGACGACGAUGAUUAUCGCCUCUGCGAUCCAGGCCGCGGCGCAAAACUACGGCAUGUUUCUCGCGGCGCGGAUUAUUAUCGGCGCGGGGGCAGUUAUCGCGAUCGUGCCUUCGCCGUCGCUGUUGUCUGAGCUCUCGUUUCCCACGCACAGAGCGGUCAUGACGACUGCGUACAACGUUCUAUGGUACGGCGGUGCGAUUUUAGCAGCGUGGAUCACCUACGGCACGUACUGGAUGGGCGAGAGCAACACCUGGUCGUGGCGCAUUCCUUCGCUCCUGCAAGCUUUCUUCCCGCUCUGUCAGCUCGCGAUGGUCUACUGGCUUCCAGAGUCUCCCCGGUUCCUGAUUUUCAACGACCGGAUCGACGAAGCUCGCGCGAUCCUGACGUACUACCACGCAAACGGGAACGAGAACAGCGCGCUGGUCGACUUUGAGCUGAGUGAGAUCAUCGCGGCGCUCGAGAUGGAGAAGCAGCACAAGGACGUGAGCUUCAAGGUGCUGUUUGCAAAGGAGAAUCGGCGACGGGCGUUUAUUGCGAUGAUGGUGCCGUUCAUGCAGCAGAUGUCUGGAAACGGACUGGUGUCGUACUACCUGUCUUUGAUUCUCAACUCGAUCGGCAUCACUACCUCGUCGGAGCAGCUUGUUAUUAACGGCGGCCUUUGCAUUUACAACUUGGGAUGUGCUACGAUCUUGAUUGGUCUUGUACCUCGUUUUGGGCGACGGUUUAUGUUUCUGAGCUGUCUAGGGUCUAUGCUCGUCAUCUUUGUGAUCUGGACGAUUCUCUCGGCCAUCAACCAGCAGCGCAAUUUCGAGCAAAAGAGUCUAGGUCAAGGUGUGCUAGCGAUGAUCUUCCUGUACGAUUUGGCGUACAAUAUCGGACUGAUGGGCCUGCCUUAUCUCUACCUGACCGAAGUAUUGCCAUACUACAUCCGUUCGCACGGCAUGUCUCUCGGCCAGUUCACGACAGCUUCGGUGGGCGUGUACCAAGCCUACGUGAAUCCGAUCGCGAUGGACGCCAUCAGCUGGAAGUACUACAUCGUUUACUGCUGCAUUAUUGCCGGCGAGUUUGCAGUCGUCUUUUUCUUCUUUCCGGAAACGAAGGGUGCGACGCUGGAGGAGUCGACGGAGGUCUUUGAUAAGGCGGUGCGGGGAUCGGGGGCGCCGAGUCGUGAUCCUAUGGACGAGUUGGAGAAGGCUGGGGGAGUUGGGAAGGAGUAGUUGUGUUUGCGUUGUUUAGUAGUUUAGUAAUAUGAUCUGUUUUAGCU